CCCUCUUUUUUCAUUCUCAUCCGUUUCUCACUCUCUCUCUUUCUCUUUCUCUCUCUCUUUCAUUUUCUGUUUUCUCUCUUAACCGAUUCAGACUCAAUAGACACAAACAAACAAAAUAUUCGGAUCCGCUCCGGGUCGGACCGGCCGGACCUAGUUCCUGAUCUAGGGUUUCUUUCUGGAGCGUGGUUUCGAAGAUCCGGUUCGCUUGGCUCGAGAUCCGGGCCAAGCACUCAACUACCGGAUUCGCCGCCAGAUUCACUACAGAUUGUGUUUAGGAUUUGGUUAGUGUGAAUGGCGUCGAGUGAGGGGUUUCUGACGGAAGAACAGAGGCAAAAGUUGAAGAUAGCGAGUCAAAAUGUGGAGAGUUGGGGUUUGUCUUCUUCGCCGAAAUCGCCAACGUAUUUGCUUUCGGAAUACAGCAUAAAAGCUCCUCCUGCCGGUGGCGGUGGCGGCAAGGCAGCCAGUGCUGGGAUUGCCGUGAAGCACGUGCGCCGGUCACAUUCGGGGAAGUGUGUGCGGGUGAAGAAGGAUGGUGCUGGUGGUAAGGGUACGUGGGGAAAACUCCUAGACACUGAUGGUGAAUCUCAUCUUGAUCGGAAUGAUCCAAAUUAUGACAGUGGCGAGGAACCCUAUCAACUUGUUGGAACAUCUGUUUCAGACCCCUUAGAUGAUUACAAGAAAGCUGUUGCCUCUAUCAUAGAGGAAUAUUUUAGCAAUGGAGAUGUAGAAUUGGCAGCUUCUGACCUCAGAGAACAAGGGUCAAGUGGAUAUCUUCCUUACUUUAUUAAGCGGCUUGUUUCAAUGGCCAUGGACAGGCAUGAUAAAGAGAAGGAAAUGGCUUCGGUUCUGCUUUCAGCUUUGUAUGCUGAUGUCAUCAGUCCUGACCAGAUACAGGAUGGAUUUUUUAUGCUUCUUGAAUCUGCUGAUGACCUUGCUGUGGACAUCCUUGAUGCAGUUGAUAUCCUUGCCUUGUUCCUAGCGCGUGCUGUGGUUGAUGACAUUAUUCCUCCAGCUUUUCUGAAUCGGGCAAAGAAAGGGCUCCCAGAAUCUUCCAAGGGAGUUCAGGCUAUCCAAAUUGCUGACAAGAGCUAUCUCUCAGCUCCACACCAUGCAGAACUUGUGGAGAGGAAGUGGGGUGGUAGCACUCAUAUCACUGUUGAGGAAGUGAAGAAAAAGAUUGCCGAUCUGCUGAGGGAAUAUGUGGAGAGUGGAGAUACUAUCGAGGCAUGUAGGUGCAUAAGGGAGUUAGGGGUUUCGUUCUUCCAUCAUGAGGUUGUGAAGAGGGCUUUGGUACUUGCUAUGGAGAUUCGUACAGCAGAACCCCUUAUAUUUAAGCUAUUAAAAGAAGCAGCUGAGGAAGGCCUGAUUAGUUCUAGUCAAAUGGUAAAGGGUUUCUCUCGUUUGGCAGAUAGCCUUGAUGACCUUGCCCUUGACAUUCCAUCAGCAAAAACUUUGUUCCAAUCACUUGUCCCCAAGGCAGUAUCUGAAGGAUGGCUUGAUGCUUCAUUUGCAAAGCCCUCAGGUGAAGACGGGGUGGUACCAGAUGAUGCGAAGGUGAGGCGGUUUAAGGAAGAGUGUGUGACAAUAAUUCAUGAAUAUUUCCUGUCAGAUGACAUUCCCGAACUCAUCCAGAGCCUUGUGGAUCUUGGAGUGCCAGAGUACAACCCAAUUUUUUUGAAGAAGCUUAUCACCCUUGCUAUGGAUAGGAAGAACAGAGAAAAAGAAAUGGCGUCUGUUUUGCUGUCCUCUCUUCAUAGUGAGAUAUUCUCAAGUGACGAUAUAGCAAAUGGUUUUCUCUUGCUUUUGGAAUCUGCAGAAGAUACAGCACUGGAUAUUCUGGAUGCUUCUAAUGAGCUCGCGCUUUUUCUGGCUAGGGCAGUGAUUGAUGAUGUCUUGGUUCCACAUAAUUUAGAAGAGAUGAGCUGCAAGUUGCCCCCAGAUUCCAGUGGGAGUGAGACUUUGCGAAUGGCCCGGGCACUCCUUUCUGCACGACAUGCUGGUGAGAGGAUCUUGAGGUGUUGGGGAGGUGGGACUGGCUGGGCUGUGGAGGAUGCAAAGGAUAAGAUUUUAAAGCUUCUGGAGGAAUAUGAAAGUGGGGGUGUUGUGGGUGAAGCCUGCCAGUGUAUUCGGGAUCUUGGCAUGCCUUUCUUUAACCAUGAGGUGGUGAAGAAGGCAUUGGUCAUGGCUAUGGAGAAGAAGAAUGAUAGGAUUCUGGAUCUGCUGCAGGAAUGUUUUACUGAAGGGCUGAUCACUAUCAACCAGAUGACAAAAGGCUUCACUCGGAUCAAGGAUGGGCUUGAUGAUCUAGCUCUUGACAUCCCAAACGCUGGGGAGAAAUUCAAUUUUUAUCUAGAGCAUGCCCAGAAGAAGGGGUGGCUCCUACCAUCCUUUGGUUCAUCAGCACCGGACGCCUCGCUAACUCAAGCAGCAGCUUCUUGAGAAUAACAUGUAUUUUUACUUGUUUUUCUCUUGUAUGUGCUUACCCGUUACAUGAUUUUAUUGUUAAAUGGUGAAUUCGCUUCAACGGGGAUGGAUAUGGGAUGUUUGAAUUCGUUUCUGAUGCUUCUCUUUUUGUGCUCAUCUCAUCUGACGGAGAUUCUUAUUAAUCUCAGCUGAUGUAUAAAGUUGCUCUUUUAUUCCAUUGACAGCUUAUUAGGCUUGUGUUGCAAUGAGAGGGACAUGUUUACAUGCAAUAUGAUGAUGGUUAGAGUUAGAUUUUUCA